ACUACAUUACCCAAUAAGUCUUUGUGCCGCUUUGGCCUGUUACUGAGACGAAACGAAUUAAGUCAAUAAUAAAGUUAUAAAAUCUAAGAGCACGCAUCCACUAGUUCGAUGUAUCAUUUCAUUUAACCAAAAGGAAGGAGGAUACGGAUUACGCCUGAAAACAACGUAUUUAAGUGUUUUCCAUGUCGUCUGCACAGCCCACAGGGGAAGAACUACGCAAACAGAAGCGAAGGGAGCUCGACGCCCGACGCAGCAAGUCCCGGAUCCGCAUUGGGACACAUCUGGAGAGCUGGUGUGAGGUGAAGGAACGGCUGGGUUUUGGUCUGCACUCGGACUUCGCACACUUCCUCCUGCAGAGUUAUGCGAAUAAGGCCUGUCUAUCUUGCACGGCCCGCAUCAGCCAAGCAGAAAAUUCCAACGUCUUCUUUACAUCGAAAGACUCGUUGUGCCACCUAGUGGUAUGGCUGCACAACCACAGUCGGGAAUGCCAGUUUUUACCAAAACUCAGGUCUGUUUCUAAAAACUGCCCCGCUGAAAGUCAACCAGCCAGCCCUCUAACCGAAAGUGCCAAUGAACUUCAGUGGCCCACCUCAGAAGAUCAGAACACUUCCAAAAGCAGCACAAGAAUUUCUGCAUUUAACUUACCUACCGAAUCUUUGACCAAAGAUGGUAAAAAGACAAAAAGUGUGGGGUGGCUGCAGCCUGUGGAUCCCAGCUACACUUCAAACUCCCUGAUGUUCUGGGAAUGUCUGGGAGGCCACACGUUUCUGUGGAGUACAAGCACAAAGAGAGAGGAAAGGAAUGAAGAAAAGGAGGACGGAAGUGAUGCUGGUCGAUCUUUUAAGCCAGCUGCUCAUGCCAAAGAAGAUAGCAGCAGGAUAUGCAGGCCUUGUGAGAAUGUGAAAGGUUCAAACAGUACUGCUGGGUUUAACAAAUCAAGACCCCAGCGGUCAUCUGCUGCUGGGCUGAGAAGAAGAAAAAGAAUGUCUCUACUCAGUUAUCCCCAAAAGGAAGACACAAGGGUCAGCAAAAUUCAGAAUAUGAAACAACCUAUAGAGCCAACCAUAGAAGUGGUCGAUGAGGGCAAGAACCUGUCUUCUGGACGCAUGGCAGUGGAGGAAGCGAGUCGGGAUUAUUCUGAAAGCAGUGGAGAAGUCCCAGAAAAUACACUAGUGACAGGGCACCGCCUUGAGACCACCAACUUUCUUCCUGAAAGCAGAACUGAAGAUGACUGGGCAAAAAAUACCGAAGUGGUGAAUGACCCAGUUGAAGACGAGGACUCGCUGGCUUCUGUGGAAGAAGAGCCAGAGAAUCCCGAUGGCGGUUUCUUUUUAGGAAAGAUGGCGGAUGUGGUGGCCGUGGAUGAUACCAAGAUGGAACAAGACACUCCUGUUCUGGAGAGAGCAGGAAAUACACAAGAGGAGCCUUUUCAGGAGGCUGCAGCAGGUGAAUUGCGCCUUCCAGAUUCGGACACCAGACAGCCGCUUCACACCAGUGCGAGUGAGCCAGAGCCUGGACAGGAGAGUCUGAAAAGCAGGAAGAGGGGAAACAAACCAGAUGACGAUCUUGUGCAGAUUGGGCCCAGAAGGAUCCGAAAAGCGGCUCCAAAGGAAAUCCUCCUCUGCGAGUUUGACAGCUGUGGCAAGCUCUUCUCGACAAGGCAGUAUUUAAACCAUCAUAUGAAGUACCAGCAUUUCCAACAGAAGACGUUUACCUGUUCGCAUCCAUCCUGUGGCAAAUCAUUUAACUUCAAGAAGCAUCUGAAAGAACAUGAGAAGUUGCACAGUGACAAACGUGAUUAUAUUUGUGAAUUCUGUGCCCGAGCCUUCCGGACAAGCAGCAAUUUGAUAAUUCAUCGAAGAAUCCAUACAGGAGAAAAGCCAUUGCAGUGUGAGGUGUGUGGUUUCACCUGCCGGCAGAAGGCCUCCUUGAACUGGCACAUGCGAAAGCAUGACGCCGAAGCGGGCUACCAGUUUGCGUGUGAGCUCUGUGGCAAAAAGUUUGAGAAGCGUGAUAACGUCGCUGCCCACAAGAGCAAGAGCCACCCGGAGCCUUCGUGUUCCCUCCCGGGAGAGACAACGACAUCGGCACACCAGGAUAACAUGGAGGAGGCCGUGCAGGAGCCCCUGGGGUGAUGGCGCGCUCUCUCUCUCACAACAGUGACUGCUUUGAUUGAUACGUGUAUAUGUAUGUAUGUAUGUCUGUAUAUUUUUAUAAAUAAUAAAUGUUAAAGGUGUA